CGACGACGUCUCGACCUCAACGUUGCUGGCUCGACCUCGACGUCGCCAGAUCGACAACGAAGACGCUCGGAUCUUGACGCCGCUAGAUCGACGACGACGUUUUCGGAUCAAAGUUGACGCCUUGAUCUCGAUGUUGCCAGAUCGAUGGCGACGACGCCUAGAUCUCGACGCCGCUGGAUCGUCGACGUCGUAUCGGUUCCGUCGUCUCUCAUACAUCAACAACGCUGGGCCCAGACUCAUCAUUAGCUAUGGUCGGAGUCGGGAGCUCCUCAUCUAUCUCUUCUCUGCUUCAAUUUCUUCGCCAGACUCCUCCUCAUUAUCUCCUCCCAUUUUUAAAGUUCUUUGCCUUAUAAUUGUGGUAGUAGCUUUCGAAAAUCAUGUAAAUUUGGAUAUUGAAGCCUCUCUUAACCAAGAGAUCAUUCUACUAACCAAGAAAUAUGUGAAAUGAAGUCGUCUGUUGAUCGAGGAUGGCAAAACCACGAAAGUAGCUUUACAUAACCAUUGUAGUAGACUUUGUAAACUAUAAUAGUAGCUUUUUAAAACUAUGAAAGUAGUUUUACACAUAAUUAUGUCAUGGUAGAAGGCUACAUAUUUUUGGUAUUUGUUAAUGUUUGUAUCAGUAUCUUCUUAACAAGAUGAUAGUAUUUUGUAUGCACAAUCGUAGUGUUUUUUUCAAUCUCCAUGUUUGUAUCUUCUCAACCUUU